ACUCCUGAGCGGCAGACAGUAGCAGGCCGUGUAUCGUGUCUCGGGUGCGCGCACUCUAUUAUAACUGACACUAGAGCUGAUUGGUCAGAACUGACACGUGACACAGCUGGGAACAUCUCUGAUAGGCGGCUGUGCGUCUCUGGCAAUGAACGUAUUACAGUAAGCCCCGCCCUCCGGCCUGACUCACCCAAUCAGCGCGGCGCUCUGUGUCCUGGCUUCCUAUUGGCUGAACGGGAGCAGAAUCGGCUGAGUCUGUCAGAGAAUCCGAGAGAGACCGACCGACCGACCGACCGACCGAGUGAGUGACAGGUACAGAGAGACAGUCACUGAGAGAGAGAGAGAGAGAGAGAGAGAGAGAGACAGUCACAGAGAGAGAGAGAAAGACAGUCACUGAGAGAGACAGUCACUGAGAGAGACAGUCACUGAGAGAGAGAGAGAGAGACAGUCACUGAGAGAGAGAGAGAGAAAGACAGUCACAGAGAGAGAGAGAGAGAGAGACAGUCACAGAGAGAGACAGAGAGAGACAGUCACCGAGAGACAACAAAUCGAGAGAGACAGUCACCGAGAGACAGAGAGAGAGACAGUCACCGAGAGAGAGAGAGAGAAAGACGGAACACCGAGAGAGAGAGAGAGAUUGAAGUCACCGAGAGAGACAGUCACAGAGAGACAGUCACCGAGAGAGAGAAAGACAUCACCGAGAGAGAGAGAGACAGUCACCGAGAGGACAGUCACCGAGAGAGAGAGAGAGAAAGACAGUCACUGAGAGAGACAUCACCGAGAGAGAUAGAGAGAGAAAGACAUCACCGAGAGAGAGAGAAAGACAGUCACCGAGAGAGAGAGAGACAGUCACCGAGACAGUCACCGAGAGAGAGAGAGAGAAAGACAUCACCGAGAGACACCCGAGGACAGAGAGAGAGACAGUCACUGAGAGACAGUCACUGAGAGAGACAGAGAGAGAGAGACAGUCACUGAGAGACAGUCACUGAGAGAGAGAGAAACAGUCACAGACAGAGAGACAGACAGUCACUGAGAGAGAGAGAGACACAGAGAGACAGUCAGACAGACAGAGACAGACAGACACACAGAGAGAGACAGCCACUGACAGACAGAGACAGACAGACAGAGACUCCCCCCUAACUGGGAGAGAAUCCCCCCCCCCCUCCCAACUGGGACAGAUUCCCCCCUCCCCCUCCAACUGGGAGAAAAUCCCCCCCUCCCCCCUAAUUGGGAGAAAUUCCCCCACCCCUCCCCCCUAACUGGGAGAAAAUCCUCCCCCCUAACUGGGAGAGAAUCCUCCCCCCUCCCCCCCCUCAACUGGGAGAUAAUUCCCCACCGCCCUCAACUGGGAGAUAAUUCCCCCACCCCUAACUGGGAGAAAAUCCCUCCCCCUAACUGGGAGAAAAUCCUCCCCCUUCCCCCUAACUGGGAGAAAAUCCUCCCCCUCCCCCCUAACUGGGAGAGAUUCCCCACCCCCCUAACUGGGAGAGAAUUCCCCCCCUGGUUGUGGUGGCCCUGCCUUGGUUGUGGCACUAUUGGUAACAUUCCCCUCAUUGUGGUGGUAGAUCAUGGUGUAAAUAUCUGAUGCUCAUUCACUGCCCCUCCUGCAGAUUACAUAGGAGGACAUUUGCAAUCGCUGUCGUAGUCUGGGCGUUUUACCCGCUGAAACAAGGCUUUAUCUUCUCAAUGUCACCUCUGUUCCCAACCGUUCCUUCCUGUUAUCUCUGUCCUUCCCGCCCACGUUGGAGCCAGUGGGAAAUAUCAGUGUCAUAAUGCAGCCAUGAAAUCCCUGGGCCUGUGUGGUCCCUGCCUUGAGGGUGCACAUUACACAGGAUUCUCUCCAACCACUCAAAAACAACUUAUUUUUCUCAGUGUUCAUAGGCUUUGGGGCUCAGUAUCGUGAGAAUCUCUUACAGUAACCUGUACUGAGUAAUGUGUGCACUGUCACUGUGUCGCUCAGGAAGGUGCCGGUUUGUAAGGUUAUUCUGUUUGUUAACAGGUAUGGCGAGUCCAGUGUCUGGGGGCACCCGCUCUACCAACAGUGGAAGUCACCGGAAAAGAAAGGCUCCUGGAGCUUUGGCCACAGCGUACCUGGUCCUCUACAAUGUUGUCAUGACAGCUGGGUGCGUAAACGUGUUCUCACCUCAUUGCAAGAAUGGGAGACUUUACAUUUAUUUCUAGGAAGUCUCUUCACACAUUAAUGUUAAAUAAGUGAUAUCAUGAGAAAUCGGGAAGAAAAACUAAAUUCAAACCUCAGAUAGAGAGACACAGGAUUGGUAUUUUCCAUCAAUGUUAUUUAAACCUUAUUUAAACAAUUUAUUAUUUUCCAAAUACAGUUCUUCCAUUUGAAUAAAAGGAGGUUCAUAGUGAAGGCUGCGCUUUGUACAUUACUCACAUAUCCCAUUACUAACACAAUGCAUAGCCUGGUGAAUCCCUGCAGUAAGCGGUAUGUUCUGUUAUCUUACCAAGGAGGCAGCACAAGCUCCUCGUAGCCAGUGUACAUGCACCAUACAUGUGACGCAUGUUACAGCUGAGCCAUAGUGGUGUUUCGCAAUGCUGGAAAUAACAGAAAGUCCAGGAGUGUAUGAGAUGUCCGUCACUUUAUGUUUACUACUGAUGUAAAAUUUUCUUGUUAACACUGAUAACCACUUCAGUAUUUUGAAGUGGACAUGGUGCAAGGAUUUAGACAAUUCAAGUUACACCUCUCGCAGCUCUUCAGCUGCUAGAUCGCUGGCAUGGGAGGAAGCUUGGGCCCCAAGUGGGACCCAGAUAACAGGAUAAUUGUUGCAAAACUAUUUGUCCAUUGGGAUACUUUUGACACCAUAACCACUGCAGUGGGAGUAACACUUUGCAAUGGGUUAGUUUCAGCAUGGAGUGUGAUGGUCCUGUCUUUUCUGCAGGUGGCUGGUUAUAGCGGUUGGUUUAGUCCGUACCUACCUGGCCAAGGGAAGUUACCACCAGCUUUAUUACUCUAUAGAGCGACCACUGAAAUUUUUCCAGACUGGUGCUUUACUUGAGGUAGGUGUUUGUUCUGUUUAAUUAACUAGUCGUUCUCUUUAUUUAUUUAAAAAAUAAAUUAUUUUAACUGGUUUUCCUCUUUUACAGAUAGUCCAUUGUGCAGUGGGUAAGUUAUUGUCCCAUAUAUUAGUAGAUCUGUUUUGCUGUAGAUUGUGGGGUUUUUACUUUGGGAGAGAUGGCCAUGUAUGGACCAGUUUUGGGUUUAUUCAUAUGACAUAUUAAUCCCCAACUGAUCUUAUCUCAAGGCAUUGUACCUUCGUCUGUGGUUCUCACUGCGUUCCAGGUGAUGUCCCGAGUGUUCCUGACAUGGGCAGUGACGCACAGUGUGAGAGAGGUAGGUUCACAGCUUGUAACACUAUAAAAGCCAUAAGUGGACGUGGUUCCAUGUUCUACUUUCUUCACUGGGAAUGUACGCUGUGAGAAUGAAAUGGAUCUACCCCGGCACUGGGAAUGUACGCUGUGAGAAUGAAAUGGAUCUACCCCGGCACUGGGAAUGUACGCUGUGAGAAUGAAAUGGAUCUACCCCGGCACUGGGAAUGUAUGCUGUCUGAAUGAAAUGGAUCUACCCCGGCACUGGGAAUGUAUGCUGUCUGAAUGAAAUGGAUCUACCCCUGCACUGGGAAUGUAUGUUGUAAGAGAAUGAAAUGGAUCUACCCCGGCACUGGGAAUGUAUGUUGUAAGAGAAUGAAAUGGAUCUACCCCGGCACUGGGAAUGUAUGCUGUCAGAAUGAAAUGGAUCUACCCCAGCACUGGGAAUGUAUGCUGUCAGAAUGAAAUGGAUCUACCCCGGCACUGGGAAUGUAUGCUGUCAGAAUGAAAUGGAUCUACCCUGGCACUGGGUAUUUAUGCUGUCAGAAUGAAAUGGAUCUACCCCGGCACUGGGAAUGUACGCUGUCUGAAUGAAAUGGAUCUACCCUGGCACUGGGAAUGUAUGCUGUAAGAGAAUGAAAUGGAUCUACCCCGGCACUGGGAAUGUAUGCUGUCAGAACGAAAUGGAUCUACCCCGGCACUGGGAAUGUAUGCUGUCAGAAUGAAAUGGAUCUACCCCGGCACUGGGAAUGUAUGCUGUCAGAACGAAAUGGAUCUACCCUGGCACUGGGAAUGUAUGUUGUAAGAGAAUGAAAUGGAUCUACCCCGGCACUGGGAAUGUAUGUUGACAACAUGAUCUACCCCGGCACUCGAAAUGUAUGCUGUCAGAAUGAAGUGGAUCUACCCCGGCACUGGGAAUGUAUGUUGUAAGAGAAUUAAAUGGAUCUACCCCGGCACUGGGAAUGUAUGCUGUUAGAAUGAAAUGGAUCUACCCCGGCACUGGGAAUGUAUGCUGUCAGAAUGAAAUGGAUCUACCCCGGCACUGGGAAUGUAUGUUGUAAGAGAAUUAAAUGGAUCUACCCCGGCACUGGGUAUUUAUGCUGUUAGAAUGAAAUGGAUCUACCCCGGCACUGGGAAUGUACGCUGUCUGAAUGAAAUGGAUCUACCCUGGCACUGGGAAUGUAUGUUGUCAGAAUGAAAUGGAUCUACCCCGGCACUGGGAAUGUAUGUUGACAACAUGAUCUACCCCGGCACUCGAAAUGUAUGCUGUCAGAAUGAAGUGGAUCUACCCCGGCACUGGGAAUGUAUGUUGUAAGAGAAUUAAAUGGAUCUACCCCGGCACUGGGAAUGUAUGUUGUAAGAGAAUUAAAUGGAUCUACCCCGGCACUGGGUAUUUAUGCUGUUAGAAUGAAAUGGAUCUACCCCGGCACUGGGAAUGUAUGUUGUCAGAAUGAAAUGGUUUUACCCCGGCACUGGGAAUGUAUGUUGUAAGAGAAUGAUGUGCUUGGGUGUAUGAACACCACAGAUUAUCUAAUGCAUUGCUUUUAUUUCUCUUAUCAGGUUCAGAAUGAAGACUCUGUCCUGCUGUUUGUUGUGGCGUGGACAAUCACAGAGAUUAUCCGCUAUUUAUUUUACACUUUCAGUCUUCUAAACCACCUGCCUUACAUUAUUAAAUGGGCCAGGUAAGGAAGGGAACACUGAGCAAUGGGAUUGGGAUGCUAGCUUUGGCAGUUUAAAUUCGAGACAUAAUUACUCGUUGUUCUUGUUUUUUCGAGUUUUACAUAUACAGUGUUUGUUUAUUGUUUUUUUGUUUUUCACUUUCAAAAAGUAAAUUUAAAAUAGCACUUUGAUUUUGCCCUGAGUUGUGUGAAUUGGGAACUAGAUUUUAUUAAAGUCAUCAAGACCUAGUUUCAAGUUCUAUUUUCAGCAACUCUCUGCCAUCUGCGAACGUUUGGGAACAUUAUUUUCAUCAAAAUGGCUGCAAUUGCUAUGCAGACGGAAGUAUAGUUUGUUUUUUUGUUUUUGUUUUUUUUAACUGGAUUUUAAUAUUUUUAACUGUUUUUUCACCUCAGUAGAAAAGAAAUAAGCACCCCCUCCCCUGUGCUGUGGCCUGUACUACUUGCAAUAAAAGGGGUACAGUGUAUAAAGCAUGCUAUCGUGUUAGAAUUAGAUUGCUGACGUGUUUUUAAUAUGGUUCUGUCCUGUCUCUCCAGGUACACGCUGUUCAUUGUGCUCUACCCGAUGGGUGUCACAGGCGAAUUACUGACCAUCUACGCUGCGUUGCCUUUUGUGAAGCAGACUGGCUUGUAUUCCAUCAGACUUCCCAACAUGUACAACUUCUCAUUUGAUUACUACGCAUUCCUUAUCCUUGUCAUGGUGUCAUACAUUCCCAGUGAGUAUAAAGCAACAUCUGAAUUACUGCCCCUUCUGGCACACAUGGUGAAACAGAACCCAAACAUUGACGAGGGCAUGGUCUGGGUGUUACUGACUGUCACUGUCUCUUCCCCCAUAUAACCUACACAUCGAGCGCUGGGUUCUCGUACGAGGGCAUGGUCUGGGUGUUACUGACUGUCACGGUCUCUUCCCCCAUAUAACCUACACAUCGAGCGCUGGGUUCUCCUGCAGGGCAUGGUCUGGGUGUUACUGACUGUCACUGUCUCUUCCCCCCAUAUAACCUACACAUCGAGCGCUGGGUUCUCGUACGAGGGCAUGGUCUGGGUGUUACUGACUGUCACUGUGUCCCUUUCCCCAUUUAACCUACACAUUGAGCGCUGGGUUCUCCUGCAGGGCAUGGUCUGGGUGUUACUUUGUGUCCCUUCCCCCAUAUAACCUACACAUUGAGCGCUGGGUUCUCCUGCAGGGCAUGGUCUGGGUGUUACUGUGUGUCCCUUCCGCCAUAUAACCUACACAUUGAGCACUGGGUUCUCCUGCAGGGCAUGGUCUGGGUGUUACUGUGUGUCCAUUCCCCCAUAUAACCUACACAUUGAGUUCUGGGUUCUCCUACGAGGGCAUGGUCUGGGUGUUACUGACUGUCAGUCAAGCUGCUCGGGUACUGUUGCUGAUUUGUUUCUUGUUUUCAGUCUUCCCGCAGCUAUAUUUUCACAUGAUUCACCAGCGGAGGAAAGUUCUCACCUCGGAGCACAAGAAGUCCGAUUAACCCCUGCUGACCUGUUAUGGUUGGAUGUUUAUUGUUCUUUUUGUUAAGUUUUAGAGACACAAAUGCUGCAGACUUUUGAGUCAAUCGUUUAAUCUGAAAAUAACUGGAUGAGGUAACAUUGCAGGAAUGAAAACUCAGAGUUAGCUGUUUACAUCCUAACAUGGUACGCGAGCUCUUACAGCAUGCGCCCAAGAGGUGAAUCCAAAACCUGUUUCUGGAGUCCUUGCUACCUUGCCUUCUUUUAUAACCCAAAGUGUUCUGUAUUUGUUACUAAAUGCUUGUGAUUUGAUUAUUCUAUAAAAUGUAAUUAGAACGCUUGUCUUGGACAUUGACUGCAUGCUGAUUAUUUAACUCCUAGAGAUUAUCCCAAAGCAGCGAGGGGGAGGUGUGACGGGCUGGGGAGCAAAGGGCGUUUCUUUAGAGUGCCAUCCCUCCCUCCCAGGAGGCAAGUCCAAUGUCUCAGCUGGGCAAAACAUGUUUUUUUUUUUUUUUUUCAUUGUUCUUACCUGAGGUUUGUCCUGGUCUGUUCAUUGAGACCCGCAGCUACACCUAGGGCAUUCUGGGAGUGUGCCACGCGUAUUGUUUGUGCGUUUCAUGGAUCCACGGAGAGGUGGUGUAUAUUGUGCUCUCUCUAUUGCUGUGUAAGUGGGACUCUAAAAUAUUCAUCGCCUUUUUACAGUUUCUAGAGAUCUGCAAGUCCUUUUUAUAUGAAAGUGUUUUGUUUUUUCCUGCAUGAUGACGCAUGUUGAUACAGUCAAUGAUUAACCCCUCUACUGCCAGAGCCCACACUAUAUUUUAUGUUUUUGACACUGGCAGUUCAAAGAUUAACCCUCUAAACGCCCAGUGCAAUUUGAAAUACUUGAUUUGUCUGUGAUUCUUGCCCUUCUGGUACUUGGAAAAUUAAACGGUGAGUAAUAGUACACAUUUUAAACGUCUGUUUUACUGUCACUUACUACAUUUUAGCACAGAAACUUGGAUAAUGGUUAUACUUUUUUCCUUUUUAGAUGAUUUUAAUUCAUAUAGUUUGUUGGGCAAAGCCUUGCAGUGGAUCCUUGGAGUGUUGUUUCUGUAUUAUUCACCCCAGUAACUGCUGCAGUAACAUUUAUUGGGAUAAGGGACCAAGAAAUUACUUCUCUCCUCGUCAUAAAGUUAAAAGGACUCUGUAGGCACCCAGAACACUUCAGCUUAUUGAGGUGGUCUGGGUGCUGUGUCCCUAUUGCACUUAGUGCUGCAAUGUUAAACAGUUCCAGAGAAAUUGCAGUGUUUACAUUGCAGCACUAAGUCUGCCCCCAGUGGCUUUCUCUCAGACAGCCACUAGAGGGCUUCCAGGAUCCAAACUGACCUGGACCGUCAGAUUUUUAUGGGGAGGUCUAAUGCGCGUGGCAUUUGCCGAGCAUGCACAUUAGCGUCUGCUCAUUGUGGGACGGAGGAGGAAGCAAAGCCAUGCCCCAGCUCGGUGGGACAUCAGCGCUGGGAUCAGGUAAGUAAAUAAACAUUAUUUAAUCCUUUAUUUACCGCUGUGGGGGGAGGAAGAGGGAGCUAUAGUCCCUGGAAAGAGCUUUGUAUUCCUGGCACUAUAAUAUCCCUUUAAUAUCAAGCAACCUUUCACAUCUCCUGCUGCUGAUGGGCAUCACCUCCUGUCGGUCGGUCUGACGGGUGCCACCUCCUGGCGGUCGGUCUGACGCAUCUUUAGGCAUUGCACUCACACAUACCAGUCCGGAUGGGAGCUUAUUUCUGCUCUGAAACAGGAUCCACUUCAAUGGGUUUAACCAAAUAAUGCGUCCAUUUUCAUUUACAUGUCUCAGUCAGUGCACACGCUCACUGGGAUUGUUCUCAGGGCAGCCAUCCCAUAAUAGCCUUAAAUAUAGUAGAAAAUCAGGAGCUCCUAGAUUAAACACUGUUUAUAUCCAUAUUGCAAAAGACCUGUCUCAUAUUCAGAAUAUGGGGAUUGAGUCCCACCAUAUGGCCAAAGUGGUGGCUUAAACAUGGUAUGGCCGUAUGGUAGGACUCAAUCCACAUAUUCUGAGUAUGAGAUAUAGCCUUGAAAGACUAUCUGUGCGCUCCAGCAAUAUUGUAGAAUUUACCAUUUUAGGCUUUAACAGAAACAAAACUAAUUAAUGCGUGUUUCAUACAUAUUAUAAAAGAAGCAGCCUUUAUUUAACCCAUAAGGCGAUACAAAACAGACCGCUGCACAUCUACGCAUUUCAUUUAAAGGGGAUCUGGCACGUCUCUGGAGUUUUAAUACCCUGCUUACUUAUUGCUAUAUUUAACAAAUAUAUAUUUGCGAGGUGUGAAAAAUGAAAUGUAGAAAUCUACAGCUCUUAUCCUGAAAUGGGGUGCCUCCAUCUUAGCUCCCUGUCAAUCAUUGUUAUAAGCUCCGCCCUUUACACCUGACAGUCAGCAUAGAGAGGGCCGCCUCCAUUUUAGCUCCCUGUCAAUCAUUGUUAUAAGCUCCGCCCUUUACACCUGGCAGUCAGCAUAGAGAGAGCCGCCUCCAUCUUAGCUCCCUGUCAAUUAUUGUUAUAAGCUCCGCCCUUUGCCCUUUACACCUGGCAGUCAGUAUAGAGAGAGCCACCUCCAUUUUAGCUCCCUGUCAAUCAUUGUUAUAAGCUCCGCCCUUUACACCUGGCAGUCAGUAUAGAGAGAGCCACCUCCAUCUUAGCUCCCUGUCAAUCAUUGUUAUAAGCUCCGCCCUUUACACCUGGCAGUCAGUAUAGAGAGAGCCACCUCCAUCUUAGCUCCCUGUCAAUCAUUGUUAUAAGCUCCGCCCUUUACACCUGGCAGUCAGUAUAGAGAGAGCCACCUCCAUCUUAGCUCCCUGUCAAUCAUUGUUAUAAGCUCCGCCCUUUACACCUGGCAGUCAGUAUAGAGAGAGCUGCCUCCAUCUUAGCUCCCUGUCAAUCAUUGUUAUAAGCUCCACCCUUUACACCUGGCAGUCAGUAUAGAGAGAGCCACCUCCAUGUUAGCUCCCUGUCAAUCAUUGUUAUAAGCUCCGCCCAUUACACCUGGCAGUCAGUAUAGAGAGAGCCACCUCCAUCUUAGCUUCCUGUCAGUCAUUGUUAUAAGCUCCGCCCUUUACACCUGGCAGUCAGUAUAGCGAGAGCUGCCUCCAUCUUAGCUCCCUGUCAAUCAUUGUUAUAAGCUCCGCCCUUUACACCUGGCAGUCAGUAUAGAGAGAGCCGCCUCCAUCUUAGCUCCCUGUCAAUCAUUGUUAUAAGCUCCGCCCAUUACACCUGGCAGUCAGUAUAGAGAGAGCCGCCUCCAUCUUAGCUCCCUGUCAAUCAUUGUUAUAAGCUCCGCCCUUUACACCUGGCAGUCAGUAUAGAGAGAGCCGCCUCCAUCUUAGCUCCCUGUCAAUCAUUGUUAUAAGCUCCGCCCUUUACACCUGGCAGUCAGUAUAGAGAGAGCCACCUCCAUCUUAGCUCCCUGUCAAUCAUUGUUAUAAGCUCCGCCCUUUACACCUGGCAGUCAGUAUAGAGAGAGCCGCCUCCAUCUUAGCUCCCUGUCAAUCAUUGUUAUAAGCUCCGCCCUUUACACCUGGCAGUCAGUAUAGAGAGAGCCGCCUCCAUCUUAGCUCCCUGUCAAUCAUUGUUAUAAGCUCCGCCCUUUACACCUGGCAGUCAGUAUAGAGAGAGCCACCUCCAUCUUAGCUCCCUGUCAAUCAUUGUUAUAAGCUCCGCCCUUUACACCUGGCAGUCAGUAUAGAGAGAGCCGCCUCCAUCUUAGCUCCCUGUCAAUCAUUGUUAUAAGCUCCGCCCUUUACACCUGGCAGUCAGCACAGAGAGAGGAGGACACAUGAAAUUAUGUUCUAUUUAUCUUCAUUUGCAAUCUGUGCCCUGACUGAACUGGAUUCAGAUAGAAUUGACUAAAUCUUUAAUGUAAAGUUAAAGUGAAAACAGAAUAUUACAUGAAAUGGUUAACACAAGUUAUAAGGCAAUGUUUUUUAUGUAAAUUCCAGUAAACUGACUGUUCUUUUUAAAAUAAAUCUGAAGACGGGUCGGAUUGUGAUAUCUAGGAGUUGGUUUGUGCUAUACUUGGUGAGAGCGAGAGAGCAUGGAAUCCUCUUUCUGUCCCUGUAUUAAUAAAAAUCCACAUUUAGUUUGGAGCUCUGUUCCUUUCUCUCCUAUAUUUAUUGCUCUAGCUAAUCCUCCCAUGUUUGGUUAAUGAUUUAUUCUUAAAGGGACAGUGUAGGCAGACCAUUUCAGCUCAUUGAAGGGGUCUGGGUGCAAACUCCCAUCACCCUUAACCCUGAGCAUGUAAUUAUUGGAGUUUUUAUGAACUAAUAAUUACCUGCUAGGGCUAACUCCUCCUCUAGAGGGAUUUCCGGGUGCUUAGACGACUUUUGCUGGACAUCCUUACGUUAUGCAUGAGGACUUCCAGCGUCUCCGGAAUCCCAAUGCUUUCCUGUGGGGAGAUCCUAAUGAGAGUUAGGCCAUUGCCGCACAUGCGCAUUAGGUCUCCCGCACUGGUUCAUGUUGUCGGGGGAGGAGCAUGGAUGGAGUUGAGCCAGCGCUGGGCCCAGGUAAGUGACAGAAGGUGUUAUUAACCCCCUCUGCACCAGAGGAAAGCUAUAGUGCCAGGUAAACAAGUUUGUAUUCCUGGCACUAUAUUUAUUCCCUUUAAUAACUUACGCUAUUUGUAACUUACUUGUAAAAUACAAUUAGCUGUUAAUUGAUGCAGAAAGGGAGACUGGUUCAUUACAGCCAGGCUCUGAUUAAUGGCCAAAUUGUAGCCGUGUUCUGUUAAUAGGUAAUGUAGGCACUGCAGCGACACGUAUACCUCAGGCACCUAACCCAUUCCCCCAACACACUGACCUACCUUACCGCAGAAAUAGUUAGACAUUGCUACAGUCACAGGCAACCCAAAUUCCUUUAACAAAGUGUUGUUAUUGUUAAUCCUUUCUGCUGCCAUAUUCUACCCUAUACUAUCACCGCUAACAGACCUAUUAUUUCAUAUCGAUGGACUUGGCAAGACAUCCUUCUCAGCGUAGAUCGUGUGAUAUGAUGCUGCUAUCAAUAAGAAAGACUAGGGCUGUCUGCAAACUUCACCACCAGUCCUAAGGUGGAGGAGGAAUGUGUUGUGCCACGAUAUUGUUUGGUGUAAUAUUAAGCUUUGUUUAUAGACUCAGAACAUUGACAAUGCUGAUAAUUUAGAAUAAGGGUUAUUGCCCAAUAAUAGGAUUAGGGUAAGAUCUCUGAUAAUUUCUCAAACUCUGAAAUAAUGGUAAAAGACAGAACAAUGAUGACUCUGUACGUAUAUUGUAUAUAAUAGCGCCAACACAGGCUACUAGCAAAAUACAGCCUAUUCUAUGUAUAUGUUAAUAAUAGCCCGAACUUGUAAUGAGGGAUCAUUGUGGAGCCCAGCAGGCUUUCUCUGUCUACCCAGUACGAUACUUUACUAAUACCGGCAAUUUCACAGGUAGAAAGUUUAAGGUGAGUAAGACGGGUCUGCAAACAUCGCCAAUAGUGGUGUAAACUGAAAACUGGCAAAGUAAUUGGAGGUAAAAUAGCUGAGCUGUGUCAAUGGACUGAGAAUUGUCCCAGUUUGGCCGUUUUGGUCGAUUGUUUGCACAUUCCUUGCUCUGUUCUCAUACUUCUCAGUUUAGUAAGUAACCCAGAAUGGAAUCCCUCUAUUAUCCCAUUUCUAAAACAAACAUGGUGCUAUUAGCAAGUUUUCUAAAGUAACAGAUUGAGCGAUGUAACGUCACAGCCGGCCGAAUCGAUUUCAUAUAUCAAUAUAUUCCACAUUAUGUGUGAGAGGUACAGCGAAUGUACACUAACAAGAAUCUAAAAUAUUUUCUAGGUUGUUAUAAUUUUUGUAAUUUGCCAACAAUUUUAAUAUCUGGGGAUUCUGGAUUAAACAGACUGUUUUUGUUUUAUUUUCCAUCUGAUUUCCAGAAGCCAUUUUUCUACCUUUUUCAAUGUAAGAAUAUAUAUCUGGGUUUUCCGUGCAUGUUAUUGUGACAUUGAGGUGAAUUUUAUUUACAUGCUAAGUUAAUCUUGUGCAUUUGCUGUGGUGUUUGUUCUUUAUUUUAAAUGUGGCUAGUGUUGUCAAUUUAACUUUUUAAUUAAAUUAGAUGACUAUGGAAAACA